AUGUCGAUCAAAGGAUGUCAAUUUGCUAGAAAUAUGGAAGAUAAAGACGCAAUUCAGUGCUUUCAAUGUCAACUUGCUUUUCACCAAGACUGUGUCGGAAUAAGUAAAUCAGCUUUCAAGGUUAUCAGUUCCGUGUCCAAUAUUAAGUGGUAUUGUGAUGAAUGCAUGAAACUACUUCCUGAUGUAAAGUCAUUAAAUAAAGCUGUGCGUGAUAGCAAUGAUACGCUCAACACUAGAAUUGACAAAAUUGAUGAAUCGAACAAUUUGUUGAGGAGCGAACUUGAAGCUAUCAAAAGUUUAAUUCAGAGAAAUGUUGAUGGGGCGGAAAGAUUCGAUGGCACAGUUUUGAGUACCGAGCUGUGUAACCUUAAAAACGAUUUGAACAAGAGUUUUGCUGAUGCUGUCCGAUGCGAAGUGAAGAAAAAUAUUGAACUAGUUAAUGAUGAGGUAAAAAGUGUUCAAAAAACUUUAACCAAUGUAAAUGACAUGAAAGAAAGAGAGAAUAACAUAAUGAUGUUCAAUUUGCAAGAAACUGAUGAUGAUAAAGAUAGAGUCAAAGGAAUUAUUAAAAAGUUAUCCAGUGAAGUCAAGGAUCAGGAUAUUAAAAGAAUUGUUAGACUGGGUCCAAAAGCUGAAACUAAAAUUAGACCGGUGCUGAUUGAAAUGAGGAGUUGUGCAAUUAAAGAUUUAGUCUUAAAAAAUUCCUUUAAAUUAAAAACUAUGCAUGAAGAUCUCGAUAAAGUAUGGAUCAGUCAUGAUUUAACAGUUGAUCAGCGUGCCGAGUUAAAAAAACUAAUUGAUGAAGCCAAAUCAAGAAAAAUCUCGUGCCCGGGUAUUGCUGAUGAUGCUGGUGGUGGAAGUUUGUUCAGCUGUGGUGAUUAUGAUAGUUGUGGUUGUGGUAUUUGCAGUGGUGGAGAUGGUUGUGGUGGUAAUGUUAACGGUGGUGGUAAUGAUGGUGGUAUUUGCGGUGGCGGAAAUGGUUGUGGAGGUAACGAUAGCGGCAGUGGUAAUGAUGGUGGUAUUUGCGAUUGUGAUGAUGGUUGUAAUGGUAACGAUAAAAAUGGUAGUAAUGAUCGUGAAGUUACCAAAAAAGACUCAGAACUAAAAUUGCAAUUAGGGCCGUUCAAUUCAUCUUCCGCUGAUACCCUGUUGGAUUUGUUUAAUUCUGAAAUCGUGAGAAUUGUGGAUAUGGUUGCUCCUUGUCGUUAUGUCAAAUCUACUCAUACACAAAUUUUGGUCAAAUCAAGUUGA